GUGUCUGAUGCGGGGAAAUACGCCGUGAGACGUUAACGCGGACCUUCAUUUCCCGUUUCCCGAGUGUUUUUUUUCUCUUUAAUUUGUCGCAAACUUGUGGAGAUUUGUGGCCAGCUGACUUGCGCCGGAGCGAUGAAGGGAGAGGCGGAAGUGAAGUCACUUGACAGCAGACCGUCCAUGUUAUUAUUGUUAUUUUGGUAGCUCGGUGAUGAGACGGGCUGGGGAGCCGCUGGUCUCCGAGACAACCACCGUUAACGUUACCGAAGGCCGCCCCGGACCGACACCGCCCUCACCGCCGCCACCACCGCCGCCACCACCACCACCUCACUGACCCGGAGACAGGAGCCUCGCUGACGGCUGGGGGGUGGGGGGUGGUGGAGGACCCAGCUCCAGCUCCAGCUCGGCUCCUAUACACUCCAACCGACCAAAAAUAUAUAUAUAACGGCGACAAAAACUAUACCCGCUAUCGUCCAAGAGCUCGACUGGUGUCUGCUCGGGUUGUAACGGGGGGACGUGCCGCCGCAGACAUGAACGGUAUCACCAAGGGCCGGUUCGAGGUGUUCUCAAACAGCGAUGAAGCCCCCAUUAACAAGAAGCUCCCCAAAGAGCUCCUUCUUAGAAUAUUCUCCUAUCUAGAUGUGGUUACACUCUGUAGGUGUGCCCAAGUAUCCAAGGCGUGGAAUGUCCUGGCCCUGGAUGGCAGCAACUGGCAGAAGAUCGACUUGUUCAACUUCCAGACAGACAUAGAGGGUCGGGUGGUGGAGAACAUUUCGAAGCGAUGUGGGGGCUUCCUGAGGCAGCUGAGCCUCAGAGGCUGCCUCAGUGUGGGAGAUGCCUCCAUGAAGACAUUUGCUCAGAACUGCAGAAACAUCGAAGUGUUGAACCUGAACGGCUGCACCAAGAUCACAGACAGCACCUGCCUCAGCCUCAGCAAAUUUUGCUCCAAACUCAAACAGCUAGAUCUCACCUCCUGUGUGUCCGUCAGCAACCACUCCCUCAAGGCCCUCAGUGAUGGCUGCAGAAUGCUGGAGAUGUUGAACCUGUCGUGGUGUGACCAGAUCACACGUGACGGUAUUGAGGCUUUGGCCAGAGGCUGCAUCGGUAUACGAGGACUGUUCCUCAGAGGCUGCACACAGCUGGAUGAUGGAGCAUUGAAACACCUUCAGAAACACUGCCCAGAACUCACCACCAUCAAUAUGCAGUCUUGCACGCAAAUAACAGAUGAAGGCCUGGUCAGUCUGUGCCGAGGAUGCCACAAGCUACAGAUCCUCUGUGUGUCUGGCUGCAGUAACAUCACUGAUGCCUCCCUCACUGCAUUGGGACUCAACUGUCCCCGGCUCAAGAUCCUUGAAGCUGCACGAUGCUCCCAUGUCACAGAUGCUGGGUUCACUGUACUGGCCAGGAAUUGUCAUGAGCUUGAAAAAAUGGACUUAGAAGAAUGUAUUUUGGUGACAGAUAACACCCUGGUUCAGCUGUCUAUCCACUGCCCUCGCCUGCAAGCCCUGUCCCUUUCCCACUGCGAGCUGAUCACAGAUGACGGCAUCAGAGCUCUGAGCAGCAGCACUUGUGGCCAAGAACGCCUCACUGUGGUGGAGCUGGACAACUGCCCCCUCAUUACUGAUGUGACCCUUGAGCACCUGAAGAGCUGCCAUCGUCUGGAGCGCAUCGAGCUCUACGACUGUCAGCAAGUGACCAGGGCUGGCAUCAAACGGAUCCGGGCACAUCUUCCAGAGAUCAAGGUCCAUGCCUACUUUGCCCCAGUGACACCCCCUCCCUCUGUACAUGGAGGUGGCCAGCGUCUGUGCCGCUGCUGCAUCAUCCUCUGACAGUGGAGAGCCAGGGGGGGCCACCUCUGUCUACAGGUCCUGCUGCUCUGAAAUGGAAGGGGGGACUGGGGUAGGUGUAGGGGAGAGGAGGGGCUGGACCCACUCACUGUUCCUGAUCACUGAUCAAUACAUAGACUGAUCACCACUAAUUCCUGAUCAGUUUAGCCUGCCCCUCCUCUCUCCUCUUGCUCACCAAUCAGCUUUGCAGCAGCCCCAGGUUUGGGUGUGGAGGGGUCAGAGGAAAGAUGGAUGGAUGGUCUCUCUCUCUCUCUUUUUCUCUCUCUCUCAAUCUCUUUCUCUCUUUCUCACUGUAAGGACAAAAACAGGUUGUCCACUCCAUGCUGCUUCUCACACCCUUCACUCCCCACCUGUGGGCUUAGAGGAGGACUGCACCUGGACAGCUGGAGAUUGGGGUCUGAACAGUGGAACUACAAUGCAUCAAGUUCAAACUAAAAAAAAAAAGACGAUAUUGUCAUCUGGACAACAGUUCACUCUGUGGAGUAUCAUCUCAACCAACACAUCACAUGACACCUCUAUGUGACCAUCCUGUGAUUCAUUCUGCUUCAACCAAUAGACACGCAGCAUGGAGGAAGAUGAGAGCUGGGUUAUGGUAACGGCAGAUCUUAUGGAAAUAAACGGUGAAGCUUAGGCAUGGCCAGCUGCACUUUCCAGUGAGGAAGAGUUAAGAAAAACAGGAAGUACAGAUUUGGACAUGUGACAUAUUUGUGCAUCUGAGAUACUUAUGUUGAGAUUUUGAUUUUGUUUGUACAGAGAAUGUUUUGCAAUGGAAAAAAAGAAUUUCACUUAUGGCAACUCACUCUAAAUUGAGGAAGGCCAACAAAAAAUUGUUUUAUUUUCUCUUAUUUUUCAGUGCUUAUUGUAAUUGUCAAUGCCUGUCUAUCCAGAGAGGGAGAUAUAUUUGUCUUUCUUUAUGAAAUGGAAAAAAAAAAGCUGUUGCUGUUUGACAAAAAAGGACCUAUGAUUCAGACUCUCAGCGUCUAAAAGCAUUAUGUUGACUUUAUCUGGGAUGAGUGGCCUCUCCUGUGUCUAUGUGGUUAUGUUGGCUCCUAGGCCCUGAUCCAAUCCUGUCAGUAGCCCUGUGCACUAGCUCCUACUUGACCACUUAAGCAUUUGUUUACAUUCUCGAUUAGUUUAGCACCACAGACAAACUUGUUUACAUAAGUAGGUUUCCAGUCUCCCUACUAUACAGAGAUAAGUUUAGUAACACUGAUACAACUGUGUUCAACCCACUGUUUUUCACUGGACUGUAAAAGUACAUUAUUCAAAUGUAUUGCUGUGUGUAUUUAGAUAUCCAUCAGGGCUAAAGUUGGUGCAGCUUUGCUUCAAAGUGAACUGGAAUCUGCCUAAAGCUAAGACAAUAGGUAUGAGCAAAUGCACCUUAACUUUUUGACAAUCACAUGAAUUUAUGUAUUUGAACGUUAAUUUAAUUUAGUUUUAUGUAAUUGGCAAUUUACAGAUGAUAGGAUAUUAAUUGUCUUUUUUCAAUAAACUCCUCACACCUAAUGCCCCAAGCAACACAUGAAAUAGCAUUUGACACCGAUUGGGUGAGAUCUUCCUCAAGCAUCUAAUUGAUUAGUAACAAAUUCCUGCUCAUCCAAAUCCUACAAAACACAUGUGACAACAGGAAUAGUAUGCAGUAACUGUGAAGGAAACAUCAGAACUGUUCAUUUCGCUCUAUUCAAACACUCCUUCUGGAGAUCUUGAUAUUAUCUGUCUUGCCAUGCAGACUAAAACAUGUAGGGGGCAUGAAAUACCACUACAUGAAGCACUGUCAAUACAAUAAAACAGAAGCAGCUCUCAGUAUUGCGCUUAACAAGAGACUGGCAAGUGCUGUGUAGUGCCAAGUGCUCAAAGACUGUGGAGAUUGGCAGGACUGUGGAUAGGACUGAAACAGAGGAGAGCAGAUGGAAAGAUGAAGACAGAAGAUGGACUACAUACAUAGCUGACUUGACUGGCUGUGAUACUAAUGCCCUCUCUUUGACAGCUGUUUUAACAGUUUUAUGUUCAAGAAAAUAAAGAAAAAAUAAACAAAUGAAUAA